GGGGAGCGGCAGGUGCCAGGCGCAGCUAGGCGUUCUGCGGAGCGGCUCCUCCCCCCUCCUGGGUGUGUGUGAGGAGGCGGCUCAGCAGCGGCGGCGGCAGCAGGUUGGGGCUGGGAGGCAGGGCUCGGAACUGCCCGGGUUCUCCCCCUCCCCCCACAGCGCGCCCGGGGACACAGACCGUCUGGCGGCAUGAACCGGACCCACCGCAGCGCUGGGGGCAGCCGGGGCCUCGGCACCAUGGAAGUGAAGAGCAAGUUUGGAGCUGAAUUUCGACGGUUUUCUCUGGAAAGAACCAAACCUGGAAAGUUUGAGGAGUUUUAUGGAUUAUUGCAGCAUGUGCACAAGAUCCCCAAUGUUGAAGUUUUAGUUGGGUAUAUAGACAUUCAUGGAGAUCUGCUGCCUAUCAACAACGAUGACAAUUAUCAUAAAGCAGUUUCCACAGCCAAUCCUCUGCUCAGGAUUUUCAUUCAAAGAAAAGAAGAUGCAGACUACAGUGCCUUUGGUACGGAUACUAUGACAAGGAAGAAAAAUGUCUUAUCAAAUGUGUUGCGUCCGGAUAACCACAAAAAGAAACCACAUAUUGUCAUUAGCAUGCCGCGAGACUUCAGACCGGUGUCGUCUAUUAUUGAUGUGGAUAUUCUCCCAGAAACCCAUCGCAGGGUGCGACUUUACAAAUAUGGAACUGAUAAACCACUUGGAUUCUAUAUACGGGAUGGCUCUAGUGUCAGAGUAACACCACAUGGAUUGGAGAAAGUACCAGGGAUUUUCAUAUCCAGGCUUGUUCCUGGAGGCCUGGCUCAAAGCACAGGCUUACUGGCUGUUAAUGAUGAAGUACUGGAGGUAAAUGGAAUAGAAGUCUCAGGGAAGAGUCUUGAUCAAGUUACAGACAUGAUGAUUGCAAAUAGCCGUAACCUGAUCAUUACAGUAAGACCAGCAAAUCAACGAAAUAAUGUUGUUAGGAACAGUAGAACUUCUGGGAGCUCAGGUCAGUCUACUGAUACUAGUCUUCCAGGUUACACACCACACACUGUGCAGAACUUCCAUCCAGAAGAAGAUGACAGUGAUGAAGAUGACAUCAUUAUUGAAGAUAAUGGUGAGCCACAGCAGAUUCCAAAAGCUGUCCCUACCAAUGAGAGUCUGGAAUCAUUAACGCAAAUUGAACUCCUUCAUGACUCAACACAAAAUGGUUUCAUUCCUUUUAGUGAAGUAAACUUAUGUCAUUCAGCAGGCAGCGUUAACAUGGAGUAUGAAAUACAUGAUCCAGACAAAAAGUCCUUAGAAGAUGGGACAAUUAUAACAUUAUGAAACUGCCUCAAUGGUGUAUUUUACAUUAACUGAAGAUGCCAUACAACUUUUAAUUUUGCUUGAUGUAUAAUGCAAUUUAUACCUCUCAACCUACCAGUCCUUAAGACCUGCAAACAAACGUAAGGAAAAACAGUAAAUGCAGGAAUCUUAAAAUUAUGUGGGCUGAUUAAUGUCAGUUUUAUAAUUCUGUAAUUCCAUGUAAAUAUUUUUUAAGGAUACAAGGUAGAUGACCCUGGCUGUGAUGGGACAGCGGUAAAAUGAAGGAUGGUUGAGAGGUAUUGACCGCAUGUUUACUUAUACUACUGGUUUUAAAGAGUAAAUUUCCAUUACCAUGUGAGGUGGAUCAGAUAGUGAAGCUUCAUGUCUAAUCCGAAUUUAUGGUCAUGUGAGUUUACCCCUUAAUGACACAAUUAUCUUAAAAUUCUAAUGUGAAAGUCUUACUAGUACUCCUCUUGUACCUUGAGGACCAGUUCUCUUCUCUUAGUUUACAGUAUUGUAUAAGGUUGUCUUAUAUGCUGGGCUUAGUCACUACCUGUAGUAAAUGACAUUAUGUAAAUGUCUAAAGAAAUCAAAUACAAAAUUAAUAGGAUGAAAAUAACAUUUUACCUGAUUACCAUUUCAUGCUCCAAAAAUGGUCAUGUUAAAAGAGAUCAAGAUUCUUACAAAUGAGAGGAGAGUUAUUUGAAAUUGAUGAUCAAUGAACAGUUCUGUCUUAAUAUUAAAAAAAUUAUUAUCCAGCACAGGUUAGAGCAACUUAUCACUUGAUUUUGUUUUAAAAGAUUUAGGCUUUGUAAAACUAACUUGAAAACUUGUGCUAUUACAACUUCAAAAUUUAUAAUGAACUAAAUUAUAAAUGCUGUUUUUUAACAUGCCACCCCUGGUAGCGUAUCUUAUUUUGAAUAUUACAAAACUGCUAUAGGAAAAAAACAAAAAUAUUGAAAACUAAAAUCCUGAUGCUGCAAACACUUAAGCAGGAAUGUAAAUUGACUCUCAUGAAUAGCUGAAUAUUUCAUUGACUUCAGUAGAACUACUCAUGUGGUUUGUUUGCAGCAUCAAGGGCUAAAAUUGUAUUUGUAUUUAAGAAAUAAAUUUAAGACAUAAAAUUGUCUUCAAAACAAAAUUAGUUAGCUGCUAAUAAUGAAAAUCUAUUAACUUUUAAUACAUUAACACAGUUAACUUUUUAUACAUACAAGCUAAAAUCUUGAAAAAUAGCCUUGUGAAGGUGGAAUUUUCAGGUGUUAAGUUCCUUCAGACUGCAAGCCCUGAUGGAAUACAGCCUGGUUAAAGUACUUCAGCCUUCUUGACUUGUGAAACUUCACUCUAAUGGAAAGUGGUGUUAGCUACAUUUGCAAUUUGCUUAUCAGUUUUGUAUUUAUUUCAGUAAGGAUGUAGCUUCUUAGCAGAACAAAUUUCUAUGUAAGAUGUGAAAUUCUACAGUCAGGAAACUGACCUCCUCUUGAGGUUCUUUCCAGCCCAAAUUUCUAUGAUUUCUAAAGAAACAAGAACAAAACAUCCACGUAACAGUUUGACUUUAAAUGAGAAGAAAAGAAAGAAUUAACAACAGGUACUCCUGGGGAAAUUCUGCACCAAAAAAAAAAAAAUAAAAAAAUUCUGCGCACGAUAUUUUAAAAUUUUGCAUAUUUUACUAAUCAAAAUAACACACUAUCAUGGCAGUUUCAAUUAUUUUGGUAAUUUAUUUCAAAAUACUUGUCAGCAAGUAUGUAUAACAAUAUAGACAACAAAGAAGGCUCAGGAAAUUUUUUUUGACAAAUAGAUUCCUUACCAUGAGUAUUAAUACAGAACUUUGAGUAACAAUUUAUUUAAAUUACGAUACAGAAACGUAUUUCAAUGCCCCCAGGCCUUUGCACUGCUUCUGAGGGGUGUCAGGGGUAAUGGAAGAGCUGAAGGGGGAAGUAAUUGCUGGGAAGGAGCCUGGGAAUGAACCUGGAGGGUUGUUAGGUGUGGGUGGGAGAAGCAUGGAACAGAUUUUUAUUUUUAUUUUUUGUGGGGAGGGGGGUGAUUGUUAGGGAGUUGGGGAGUCUUCCCCAUGCAGAUGCUGGCUGACCCCUUGCCUCUCCCAUUUAAUCAGGCACAUCUGCCCUGUGUGUCCCUGCACCCCGAUUCCCCAUUCAGUUAGGCAUCUCUGCACAUCCCUGUGUUUCCCGGCACCCUCCCUCAGCCAGGCAUAGCUCACCUGUCUCCAUGUGUCCCUGCAUAGCCACUCCCCCAUCCGGCCCUGCACCCCCACACCCUGUUCAGCCAGGCAUUGCUCCCGUUUCCAUGUGUCCCUGCACCCCUGCUCAGCCACCAUCCCCCCCGCCCCCAUCUCCGUGGGGCCCUGCAUCCCCACUUCCAUUCGGCCCCUGGCACAGUGCGGUCACCCCACUAGCUCCUGUACCCUGCUCUGACCAUCCACUCCCGCUCCCUUCUCCCCAUAUCCCAUGCCUCUUCAUGUGGCCCUGCCAGCAGGAGCCUGUGAGGAAGGCAGUUUCCCUCUCCAUUGCUGGCUGCUCUAGCCUGUGAGCCUGCUGCCCUCUCCUGGUGCCACCUGGUGAGUGAAAGGUGUAAUUGCAGCUUCCCUUUGCCUCCCUGUUAGAAUCUGCUGGGGACAAAAGUGCAGAAUUCCCCCAGGAGUAAAUGUAAAUUUAAAAAUUGAUUUUUUUUAAACUUAUUUUUUACCCAUGCUGCUGCUGUUUAUUUAGGGCAUGUGUCUUACUUUAAAACUGGGUUUGGUUUUUAUUCCUUCAGCAAUGGGACUUCUUUCCUGUAUCAUGAUAGUGUGCGUUCACAUGCCUUUUUAUUUACUUGAAUGUAUUGCAAGUAAUCAAAGUGGUAAAAUGCACUUGGAUUAAGAGAAGAGAAUGAGAUCCACAGAUACAGAUGAAGAUAAACUAGUACCCCACCUUUUUUUUUUCAUGUAGAGGUAUAACACUUUCAGUGGAACUGUUUUGUGGAUCUAAUAUGGUACAUUAGUAGUGUUGUGGCUUGGAUGUAAGAUAAGCUAUUAACUUACACAUGAGCCUGGCACCUGAAAACAAGUUACAAGAUAUUAAUUUAUUGCUUAAACACAAACACUUCAAGGUAGUAUGCUGCUAAACUUCUGUCCAUUACCUAAUUUUGAAUGUUUUUUACUCAUAGCAUAUGCAUUUUGGGUAUAUAUACUGGUGUUAAGAACUUAAGGAAAUUUUUAAAAGGGCAUAUAGUGUGUAAGUGCUCAUGAAUUUCCACCAUGAAGGAUUAACAAAAGUUUUUGUAAUUAAAAUGACAGACUGCACAAUAUGUAAUUGCAUAACACUGCAAUUACCAUAAGAGAGACUUUCUAAAUAUCUUCUGUCUGCAUCAUACCACUCGACAAAUUAUUACUAAAUAUUUUAAAAAUCACUAUUCCAGGAUAAUCAACUGUUGAAAUAAAUGGUUAGUUAACUUUAUAUAUAAAAUGGUACUAGGUUCAGUAUAUUUUUAAAGAUGAUACAUAUAUUUGCCUUUUAUAUACUACCUCUUAAAGUUAGGUUGUUUUUUUUAAGAGUUAACAUCUUUCAAAAUUUUUCCCUGGAGGGAGAAAAAAAAUUCAAGGCUUGACUAUUUUGUACUGAUUUUAACUGUAAAAUCUAAAAUUAUGCAUGACUGAAAAUAUCAAGCUGCUGUCAAUGCACAUUCUUUUAUGUAUUCAGUUUCCUAAUGCAUAUAUUAUAUUUUAAUCCAGAUUUUAUAAACUAAUUUAUAUCCAAAUUAUUUCAAAAUGCAUUGGAAUACCAAAAUUCCUUUGAAUAGUGUUAGACGGAUGUGUACAUGCACAAUAAAAGCAAUCUGUCCCUCCUCUCUGCUGGCAGUCUGAAAACAGAUUAGCCUUUUAAGUGCACCUUAUUAGAAAAGAGAGCAAAUGUUGCUGAAAUUAAGAUACAUUCACUUUGGAUCUCUGUUAUGGUAUCAGUAAAAGUCAAGCUUAACUGUGAAUCAUAUGUUCUUCCACGGUUUCAAUACAUUUAGGACAGUGUCCUCAUGAGCUGUCUGCAACAUGUACUUUUGUGAAUAUUCUGUAUUUUCUAAUUAAAUUUUACUUGCAACUUGAUUUUUAUGCAAAUGAAAAUUUGUUUAAAAUGUCAAAUAUCAGUAUUUUUCUUACAACUUUAAUGUAUAAUGUACAUUGAUAUCUCACUAAAUGAACUUCGAUUUUACAAAAUCAAACUAGCUUUAGCUGUAUAUUAGUCUUAUAUUUUUACA